UUUUUUUCUCUUUUUUUUUCAUUACUCAUGUGGCUCCCUGUUUGGGAGGAGGGUGAAAAUGGACUGAACAAGAGGGAGGAGAAAACCCAGGCAGCAAAAGAGAGGGAAAUAGCUAUAGCCAGUAGCCAGACUUUGCCUGCUUAUUCAGCGCUGAGUGCUGCACUGCGCCGUUUCCAGUUGUGGGAUGUUAAGAUUUUCCUUUGGCUGCACUUCUCCCCACUCUCGCGCUCUCACAUUAAGACUCUUUAGACAUUUUUAUGCUCAUUUUCAAGGAGGAGGAGGAGGAGUGAGAGAGGGAGAGACUAGCCAGACCUAUUAGCCUGGAGCCUGAAACACAGACACCAACUCUCUCUCUCUCUCUCGCUCUCUCUCUCUCUCUCUCUCUCUCUCUCUGACACAUUCAUACACACAGUCGUACACUCCUCCGGCUCCGCGCUGCACCAAGGUAACAGUGAGAGUGGAUUUAGCUUUAGCCAUCUGGACGGAGCGCAGGGAAAACCUCUGCAACAGGGGGGGGGGGGGGGAGAGAGGAAAAGGACAAUGCAGCACUAAAACACCAGCCGCACCAAAAAGGAAACCAAAAAAGUGAAAGAGAGGCACACACAGACAGGAUGGCCACCGCAGUGUUUCAGGUGUCUUCAUCUUGUGUUCCCGCAACAAACUAUGAGCUGGCGCCGAGCAGUGACCUCCCUCUCAAACAUGUAGACACCAUGGGCUCGACAAAAUCCUCAAAGAGCAUGGAGUCACGGCGCAGACCAUCAAGGAGUGCUAGUCUGCUGCAGGCCUUGGAUGAGAGCUACGAGUUGGACCUGAUCUACAUCACAGAGAGAAUCAUCUCCGUCUCCUUCCCCAGCAGCGUGGAGGAGCAGAGCUAUGCCGCCAACCUACGGGAGGUCGCCUCCAUGCUGCGCUCCAAACAUGGCCACAACUACCUGCUCUUCAAUCUCAGUGAGAAGCGAUACGACAUCAGCCAACUUAAUCCAAAGGUGUUGGACUUUGGCUGGCCUGACCACCAUGCUCCAGCCCUGGACAAAAUCUGCAGCAUCUGCAAGGCCAUGGACACCUGGCUGAGUGCUGACAGCCACAACGUGGUGGUUAUACACAACAAGGGCAAUCGGGGCAGAACUGGAGUGGUGGUGGCAGCCUACAUGCAUUACAGCAACAUAUCUGCCAGUGCUGACCAGGCUCUGGACAGGUUUGCCAUGAAGCGUUUCUAUGAAGACAAAGUGCUUCCUGUUGGUCAGCCUUCUCAGAAAAGGUAUGUGGAGUACUUCAGCGGCUUGUUAUCCGGACACAUCAAGAUCAACAACAAACCCCUGUUCCUUCACCAUGUCAUCAUGCACGGCAUCCCCAACUUUGAGUCUAAAGGGGGUUGUCGUCCUUUUCUGAAAAUCUACCAGGCCAUGCAGCCCGUCUACACAUCUGGGAUCUAUAAUGUUCAGGGGGACAGCCAGACGAGCAUCUGUAUCACCAUUGAACCUGGUCUUCUUCUGAAAGGGGACAUCCUGCUCAAGUGCUAUCACAAGCGCUACCGCGGCCCGUGCCGAGAUGUGAUUUUCCGGGUGCAGUUUCACACGUGUGCCGUUCACGACCUGGGGAUCGUGUUUGGAAAAGAUGAGCUUGAUGAGACGUUCAAAGAUGACAGAUUCCCAGAAUAUGGAAAAGUAGAGUUUAUUUUCUCCUUUGGGCCAGAAAAAAUCCAUGGUCAAGGUAUGGACCACCUGGAAAACGGGCCGAGCGUCUCCGUGGACUACAACACUCAAGAUCCUCUGAUCCGCUGGGACUCCUACGAAAACUUCAAUCAGAACUGUGAGGACACCGCAGACGAAGUCAUCCAUACCGAAGGACCCCUGGACGGCAGCCUCUACGCUAAAGUGCGCAAAAAGGAGUCUGUUGAAGGAACAAUCACAGCGAAUGGCCUCCCACCCACUGCUGUUGAGCACGCACUGCCUGCAGUUGACCAUGCCUUGUCAGUGAGCAGCGACUCAGGAAACUCUACUGCCUCCAUCAAAACUGACCGAACUGAUGAAGCAGCAGCAGCCUCCCAUGCUUCCACAGUGAGCCAGCCACAUGUUCCUGUAGGUGAGGAGCUACCCUCAGUCCAUCACCACGCCCCAGCUCCCCAACAACCCAUCAGUCCCCAAGAGAAACAGGAGCUGGAGCAACUCCUGAGUGGCUUGGAGGGGCCCAUGCACCGACAGGGCUACCUGUCCUCCCCGACCUCUGCUGUUGGAGGGAUGCUUCACCUGGUGCCUGCUCAGGUCCAUGUCAAUGGGCACGGUAGUAUUGACCGUGAAACAGACAUUUUAGAUGACGAGCUGCCUACCAGUCAAGAGGGCAACAGUGUGGACAGUCUAGGGACAUUCUCCUCCACAGAUGGUCGGGCCACACCAGCUGAUCUCUAUUACCAGUCUGAGUCAGUUAUUAAUGGCCAGGAUCAUGUGCCAUAUCUGGAGCGCAGUGCUCCAGAAAAGCCCCUGGAAACCAUCCAGCCACAGGUUUGCAUAUCCAACAAACCUGUCACUUUGACCCAAAGUGAUUCAGCCCCAUACUCUGGUAAUUACAUGGCUACUCAGAAUGGCAAUCUGCACCGCUCUCAGUCGUAUGGUGCAGAACCAAAGUCUAUGCCACAAGCUCCCGCCCGCACCACCAGUAGCAGGGAUGCCGUCCAGCGUGGUCUCAAUGUUUGGCAGCAGUUUGGUGUACCUGAGGAGCCAGUAACUGAAGGGCUCACCUUUAGUCCACCUACAUCUGUGGCAGUGAUGCCAAGUCACCACAGCCUCCCACAGUUCCCUCAUCGCCAAAGCGCCUCCCAGCAAGAGAUUGAGCAAUCUAUUGAAACCCUUAAUCUCCUCAUGUUGGACCUGGAGCCAGGCCGUUCGCUGGUGCCUAAGUCUCAAAGUGCUCCAUUGAGGGAAAACAACGAUGUAGUGACCACACAGCCGUCCUUCUCCCAGAGCCAAACCAGACCUUCCUAUCAGGCCGAUGCCGCUAUUCAUACCCACUUGUCUGGCCCCAUGUCCAGCCUGGCCAGCCACUCGUUACCUGCUCAGAUAUCACCUGGGAAGCCUAAUACACCAGACCCUGCACCUGCCCAGGGAUCUCUGAGUUACACAUCUGAAAUAGCUGGAACCAGUCCUUCCUCACAAGUCUCCCCUUCUGUACCUGGCCACCUCCAGCUCAAGCCCACCAACACCUACCCACCAAACACAUUGUCCCAAUCUGCAGAGGUCUCUGAGCCCCAGAGAAGCCCUAGUGCUGCCUCAACAUCACCCCAGCCAAGAGACAGUGAGCCUGAUGAAGUCUUCAACGUUGAAGGUCUGGUCGCCCAAAGAGUAGCUGAGUACUCGGCUCGUGUCCAAAGUGUCAUCCCCAGCAUGACCUCUUCUCAGUCUGAGCACCGCCGUUCUCACUCCCUCUCGGGUGUCCAGGCCCGUGCGAUGUCCUCGGAUGAGCCUGCAACUCUGCCUCGUCGUCGCAUCACCAGUGAUGGCCAAUACCAGAACGGUCCUGAUGAUGGUUCCUCUCCUGAUGCCCCGGUUCGCUCCCCCAUUCGCUGUGUUUCUCCAGAGUUUGUCAACACCAUAGCGUUGAACCCUGGAGGACGACCCAAGGAGAAACACAUGCACAGCUACCGGGAGGCCUUCGAGGAGAUGGAUAGUGGGCCCACUGGUCCUACACCCACAGUUGGUGGUGAGGUGUUUCCCCAAACCCCUGCAUUCCCCAUCUCGCCGCAAACCCCUUACUUCAACCUGUGUCGGUCCCCUCCUGGUCUCGCCAAGACUCCGCUGUCAGCCCUGGGUUUGAAACCCCACAAUCCGGCAGAAAUCCUCCUCAAUCAAACCGGCUCAGCACCAAGAAGCUAUGUGGAGUCUAUUGCAAGGUCGGCAGCGGCAGUCGGAGAGCCGUCCUCGUCACCUCGGAGUCUUAGCCCGCCGGGAGAGACUGCAGGUCAGCAGAGAAGUCCAAGUCCCUCCUCCCAUGCCCUGAACCCACCUUUGUCCAGCAGCAGUCCCAUCCUGAGCUCACAGGGUGAUCGCCCCUUAGCAGAGAGCAGCGUUAGCACUCCGUCCCAACCCACUACUGAUUCGGGCUUCCGCUCCCAGGCUACAGAAAGUGCCUACCCCACUCCUACCCCCUCAUAUCAAACCCUGAAUACCCCCCCUUCUUCCUACCUGGAUUCCAGCUCUCCAGCUUCUUCCUCACUUGGCACUACUACACCUACACUGUCCUAUCUUGGUCCCAACGCCGUACUGGGGGGCUAUGUGGCCUCAGAUUCUAGCCUGCCCACCUCAGAACUGUCCCAGACUACGCUCAGCCAUGGAGGUCCCCAUGCACAGUACCGGACGAACAUCCUCGGUCCCACACACAACCCCGUCCUCCAGCAGCGCCCUACUGUUUGUCAGGAUGGUCCCACCAUGGGCCAGCAAAUACCACCAGCUAAUGGCUUUGAGGUGGGUAUGCCAGGUCUCAGCGGCAGUCCCAUCCUCGGUCAUCGUCUGUCUCAGGGAGCUCAGAGCAGCCCGGUCCUUAGCAGACAGACCGCUUUGGGACAGGGGUCUCAGCGAAGCCCAGUCCUCAGCAGACAGCCGUCCCUGGGCCAGCCCUUGCAGAGCAGCCCUGUGCUCAACCGACAACCACCUAUCACACAUCCCCAAGGAAGUCCAGUGUUGGGUCGCCACCCAUCUGUUUCACAGAUGUCCCAGAGAAGUCCCAGUUUGGACCGUCACCCCAUGCACAGCGGUUACACCACCCCAGACGAGAGGCAUGGGAACCUGUCCCGACAGAGCAGCUCUUCGGGCUACCAGGGACCACCAACACCUUCUUUUCCCAUCUCGCCUGCAGGCUACCAGGAUGGGGGGACGAUGGGGAUGGGCGUAGGGUUCCGGCAGGGUAGUCCAGCCCCCAGUUUUCAGCCCCAGCUUCCCGAGAAAAGGCGCAUGUCAAGUGGUGAUAGACCAAAUGGAGCGCUGUCAUAUGGUUCAUUGAACGGGAAGAUAAUGUCCCCAGCAAGUGGAGGACCCACUCCUGGCUACUUCCACACCCUCUCCGACUUCUCCAGGUUCAACAUGCCUGAUGGAAGUCCUGAGAGCCGGCUGAAUGUCAAGUUUGUCCAAGACACGUCUAAAUACUGGUACAAGCCAGAUAUUUCCAGGGAGCAAGCGAUCGGCCUGCUGAGAGACAGGGAGCCUGGAGCCUUCGUUAUUCGGGACAGUCAUUCAUUCAGGGGGGCUUACGGCUUGGCUAUGAAGGUAGCCUCUCCCCCGCCAUCGGUGCAUCAGAGCAAGAAAGGUGACAUCACCAACGAGCUGGUGAGGCACUUCCUGAUUGAGAGCAGCCCUAAAGGAGUGAAACUGAAGGGUUGUCCCAACGAGCCUUACUUUGGCUGUCUUUCUGCGUUGGUCUACCAACAUGCCAUCACACCACUGGCCCUGCCCUGCAAACUACUCAUCCCUACCACAGAUCUCAUUGAGGAGGUGCCAGAGGUGGCGACAACAAAUCCACUGGCUGAGCGACUGAAACAAGGAGCAGUGCAGAGGGCCCCUGCUGAUUCCCAUGCAUGCAACGUGCUCUACAUCAACUCAGUGGAGAUGGAGUCCCUGACGGGCCCUCAGGCUAUCGCCAAGGCCAUAUCUGAGACACUGGCUGCCGCUUCUUCACUUACUGCCACCGUUGUGCACUUCAAGGUGUCUUCGCAAGGCAUCACACUGACUGACAACCAGAGGAAGCUUUUCUUCCGACGCCACUACCCUUGCAACACCGUCACGUUCUGCGAUAUUGACCCUCAGGACAGAAAAUGGAGCAAACCUGAGGGAGGCACAGCUAAGUUGUUUGGGUUUGUGGCACGUAAGCAGGGAAGCACAACCGACAACAUCAGCCACCUCUUCGCUGAGCUGGACGCUGACCAGCCCGCCAGCGCCAUCGUCAACUUCGUCUUGAAGAUGAUUGGCUCGCAGAAACGAUGAGAGCUGUCAGCAAACCCUGGCGCUUUUUUAAAUGCCUUUGGUUAUUUUCUUUCCUUUUAAACCACAGACACUUCCUUUCUGCUUUGGACAAUUUAGCAUUUUGGUUUUACACCUCACCUUAUUUUUUCCUGCUCUUUUACAUUUAAGCAAGCAUGUGUGUGUGUGUUUGUGUGUGUAUGUAAGCAAAUGAAAGAGAACAAGACAGAGAGAAAGUGUGUUGUGUGUGUGUGUGUGUGUGUGUGUGUGUGUGUGUGUGUGUGUGUGUGGCUUGCAUGCAUGUGCUUUUCUUCUUGGACGGACAGAAUGGACCAGAGGAAGUGCAGGAUGGGGCGUGGCUCUGUGUGACAAUAGGACGGGAGGCGGUUUCGAUCUCCACGGAGGGGUAACACAUGAACAGCAAAAAGGGGGGAAUGACAUUGUGUGUGCAAAUGUUAUUUUUAAGCAAUUGUUUAUUUUUUAUUUUUUUAAAAGAAGAAGUCAAGUUGUGUGAUGUAAAGGUGGAUUGUAAAUCUAUCAGGCUUUUGACUGGUCAACCAAAGAUUUUAAAAAAGUAGUCAGGGCGUGAAUAGUGUGCCACUGUCAGAGGGUCGGAAGUAUUCUUUUGUAAAACAAAUAUGGCUGCUUAAUCAAAAAAUACCGAACUGUUUCUUUUCUGUAUGUACUGAUACUGUAGGUCAAUUUUUGCACCGUAGCCAUCUUGCAAACAAUGUUUUUGGACAUUUUUUGCAGCCGGCGAGGUCUGUGUAAAUACUCUAGAUUGCUUUAUGAGUAGGACUGUUCUAGAUGACAUUUGGUGCCUGACUUUCUUUUGUAAUGCAGAGCUUUUUAAGAAAAAGAAGAACAUAAAAUUCAUCCAGGCCGUCUUAAAUAUGCAAAUAGCCGAACUUGGAAAUAAGGAUGUUCUGCAAAAUUCCACAGGUCCUUCCCUGUUUGAUGUAGUAGUGUCGAUAAAGAUGCGACGGAUGUUAAAGUGCAGCUACAGUCCGACAAUAUCAGCUAAACCAGAUUUGCUGUCUCCGUGUGAACACAGAAAAGCAUUACCGAGAAGGUAAUCGAGUCAUUACAUCCACACUAAGGUCUGUCAGACAAGCAAAGGAGAGGAUUAGCUUCCUAUCUGCCACCAUUCUCUGUUCACAGCACAUAGCCGCACUAUUUCCCUCAUUACUGAAGGGCCGGACGUUGUUUUGUGAGGACGAUCUUUAUAGAAAAGUCUUGGUCCGAUUCUACCGCUCUUCAGUUUUUCUGCAUCGAAAGUUUCUGUCAAUAGAAAGCAGCUCUUUGCGUCAGCCGGCCAAAACUGUUAUAACACUCACACCCUACCCAAAAGUAAGCUAUACAUAUAAAUAUACAUAUAUAGAUAUAUAUAAAACUUCCAAACAGUGACUUAAGAUAUUUAUUUUUUUGCUUUGUUGCUCUAUGUUAUCUUGUAUACAUGUAUUAUAAAGUAUACAUCAUGAUUACUGAAAAACGAGAAGAAAAGAAUGCUUUUUAUUUUGGCUAAAGUCAAGUGCGUUGACAUAUAUAAGGUGUAAAGUGUGUGCAUUUAAAAGUGUAUCACUGUUGUUUUUUGAAUGUUUUUUUUUUUCACAGCAUUACUUCCUUUUUGUUAACAUUCUUGUUUUCAGCAUCAAAGAAGCUUCUCGGGGAGGCUAUUUGUGUUUUGUUUUUUUUUUUUUUUUAAGAGAGGGGAAAUAUUUUGUAUGAAAGAUUGUUGUUAUAAAAGUCCAAAUUGGAGUUAUUCUAAAGUGACGCCAACACAAUUGUUUUAUUAACUUAAACCUGCCUAGAAAAUACAUUGUCCAAGUUUAGCACUUAAAAUGUCAAAGUAUUAUCAGUGUGUUUGUACAAAUGAAAAGCUGACAGACCCCAUUUCAUGUCAUUAUUGCGUGUGUGCAGUGGCAGCAGGGGGGGUCUGAAACUUGUCAAGAGCAAAACCAGUUCAGUCAGUAGCUGCUGCCCUCAUGUGGUGUAGAAAGAUCAUUACAACAGGAGCCACUUUUUAUUCUAAUACAGUGUUUUAGCUGUGAUCAUGGCACGUCAAAGGGUAAAUGUUUGAGUUAAAAUAAUUUGAUCACAGAGAAAAUUAACUUAAAGAACUUUAAUUUUAAUGUUAAGUCUUGCUUUUGCAUUUUUUUAAAAAAAAAGUCCCAUUCAAGGAUCGAGUAAUACAGAUUACAACUGGUUCCUUUUUUUUUUCCUGAUACCUUACAGUAGGAUCAGUUGGCAGAAUGAUGUAAACUGAUUAAAUAAGGGUUAGUUUGAGGGCCUACAUUGACUCAAAUGUACUUCUUCAAAAAUUAAAAAAAAAAAAAGAAAAAAUACAGCACUUACAGGGCUUUUUAUAUCUGACUAGAGUGUUCCAUUAUUUAUUAACAGAAGCCUGCAUGCUCAAGUCGUUACCUUAACGCUGCUGACUGUAAUCUUUACACAGUAUCUGCAAAUCUUACUCAGUCCACUCUUUUCAAGAACGACGCCCAUAGGUAGUAAUCCAGUUUUGUUUUUCCUAUGAUGACUGUCACGUUUCAGUGUCUUGACUUGGCUUAUGAGACAUAAGAAUCUAUAUUUUUUUUGCCUACACGAUGCUUGUCGAGAAAAAGGGGACUUCAUCACCUUCAAACCUAAUGUUAGCCAUUUGUUUGCCGAAAGAUGGAAACCCCGGUGGCGUCUGCCCACUUUGACAGAUCAGUCUGGACUGUAGAAUGUGUGUGAAUGAGCUACUAUGCCUGUAUAGAGCUUUGUCAUUUUUGGUUUGCUACAUUGUAUGGCUUUUACUAUUUCUGAUGGAAAAAAAAAACACAUUAAAAAGCAGUACAAAUCAAAA